AUGAGGAAGUGGCAAUUACUCCUGCUCUUUGUCAUCAUCCCCCGUCUGCUGGUGGCGCUGCUGACCUGGGCCGGCGAUGUGUCCCUGGUGGAGACGGCUGGUCGGCUGUGGGGUCCGCGCGCCUCCUCCGGCACCGCCUGGUCGCUGGCCACCUCCUGGUGUCUGUUCUACUGCGGCUCCCGCACCCUGGCCAACACCGUCGAGAUGGCGCUGCUGGCCGUGGCACUGCGCUGGUACCCGUGGCGGCCGGAGACCAAAGGUGGCGCCUCGUCGCUGUACCUGUCGGUGGGGGCGCUGGCGACGGCGGUGCGGCCCACCGCUGCUUUGGCCUGGCUGCCUCUCUGGGUGGCUGAGAUGGCCUCGUCUCCCCGCCGGCGACAGCUGCUGCUCAUCACAGCACUGAUAGGUGUGUCGGCGGUCGGCGGGUGCCUGCUGGUCGACUCCCUCGGCCACGGCAGCCCCCUCCUCAGUCCGCUGGCCUUCCUGCGGCACAACGUGCUGGGCGGCGUGGCCUCCCACUACGGCACCUCGCCGUGGCGCGCGCACCUGACGGCCAGCCUGCCGACCCUGCUGGGCGUGCAGGCAGUGCCGGUACUGCUGGGGGUCCGCCGCCCCGGUAGGCCAGAGACGCUAUGUCUGGGAGCCGUCCUGUGGCUGGUGGCCGUGUACAGGUGGUGCUCGGCGCUGAAGGUGCUGCUGGUGGUGACGAACCUGCCGGCCGCCCUGUACCUGGGACUGGUACACCAGCGCGGUCCGCUGGACGUUACCGCCGUGCUGGCCGCGCGGCUGGCAGAGGGGCCCGCUCACGCGGCGUCGGUGCUCUACCUGAUGCCCUGUCACAGCACGCCGCUGUAUAGCCAUCUUCACGUCAACGUCGCCACUCGCUUUCUGACGUGCGAGCCGAACCUGGAGGGUGUCGCCGACUACACGGACGAAGCUGACCGGUUCUACCAGGACCCGGAGCUGUGGCUGCGCCGCGAGUACCCGUCCCUGUCAGCCGGCUCCUCUGUGCCGCGGACAGGUGGGCCCGCCGGCCGGCUGCCCAGCCAUGUGGUUCUGUUUGACGGCCUGUGGCGGCGGCUGGAGCCGCUGCUGCGGUCGCACGCCGUGUGCGGGGACGUGUUUCACGCCCACGUGUCGGAGGAGCGCCGUGGAGGACGAAUGCUGGUGCUGUGUAGAGAAGGCUGGGAGACUGACGGGGUAGAUCGGAAGAGAGGAGAGGAAACUAGACAUGGCGGUAGUGCCCGAUAG